UAGGUGCAAUAGGUAGGAAACUGUCGGUAUUGACUCUCCUUUCUUUAUCAGGAAUGGGUGAAAAUUGAAAUGUUGAUACCCUGAAUUAUUCACAUUCACAUUCACACCCUUUUCUUCAACCCCUCCAAACCCCUUUCUUUCCAUAAAUCACACGUCUCACAUCUCCCAAGAAUCUGGACAUCAUCCAUUUCCUCUUUUUCUGAUAAAAAGAUUCACAGAUUUGUUUUACUGGAAAAAUCCAAACCAGGUCUCUAAGAUCAAGUUGAAGAAUCACAAGAUCUGUUCGAUUUAAAGCUCUGGUGAUAUGGGUAAUUGUUGUGCUACACCCUCCACUACCGAUUUCGAGAAGAAAAAAGGGAAAAAUAAACCGAACCCGUUUUCAUUAGACUAUGGUUCGUCUAAUCCAUCUGGAAAUGGCGGCUAUAAAACCACUGUGUUAGAAAACCCAACAGGAACUGAGAUUGAGAAAACAUAUGUUCUUGGUAAAGAGAUGGGUAGAGGCGAAUUUGGGAUUACUUAUAUGUGUACCGAUAAAUCCACUGGUGAAGUUUUCGCCUGUAAAUCGAUAUCAAAAAAGAAGCUUAGAACCAGAAUCGAUAUUGAAGAUGUGAAGAGAGAAGUCGAGAUUAUGAAGCAUAUGCCACCACACCCUAAUAUCGUGAGCUUAAAGGGUACUUACGAAGAUGAUAAUGCUGUUCAUUUGGUUAUGGAGUUAUGUGAGGGUGGCGAAUUGUUUGAUCGGAUUGUUGCCAGAGGACACUACACUGAGAGGGCAGCUGCGGGUGUGACAAAAACCAUUGUUGAGGUUAUUCAGAUGUGUCACAAGCAUGGUGUGAUGCAUCGUGAUCUUAAACCAGAGAACUUCUUGUUUGCAAACAAGAAAGAAACUGCAGCGUUGAAGGCUAUUGACUUUGGGUUAUCUGUUUUCUUUAAACCAGGGGAAAGAUUCAAUGAAAUUGUUGGUAGUCCAUAUUACAUGGCUCCUGAAGUCUUAAAGCGAAACUAUGGUCCUGAGGUGGAUGUGUGGAGUGCUGGUGUCAUCUUAUACAUAUUGCUUUGUGGGGUCCCACCUUUUUGGGCAGAAACUGAACAAGGUGUUGCACAGGCAAUCAUUAAAUCUGUUGUUGAUUUCAAGAGGGAUCCAUGGCCAAAGGUAUCUGAUACUGCAAAGGAUCUUGUCAAGAAGAUGCUCAAUCCUGACCCCAAGUUACGCCUUACAGCGCAAGAAGUUUUAGAUCAUCCGUGGAUACAGAAUGCCAAAAAGGCACCAAAUGUCUCAUUAGGUGAAACUGUUAAAGCAAGACUCAAACAAUUCUCAGUCAUGAACAAGCUAAAGAAGAGAGCUCUAAGAGUAAUUGCGGAGCAUUUAUCUGCAGAGGAAGUGGCAGGCAUAAAGCAAGGUUUUGAUUUAAUGGACACAAACAAACAAGGAAAGAUAAAUCUAGCUGAAUUGAAAGCUGGAUUGCAGAAACUUGGCCAUCAAAUCGCUGAUGCAGAUCUUCAAAUACUUAUGGAAGCGGGCGACGUUGACAAAGAUGGAUUCUUGAAUUAUGGUGAAUUUGUGGCGAUUUCGGUUCACUUAAGAAAGAUGGGCAAUGAUGAUCAUCUUAAAGAUGCUUUUGCAUUCUUUGAUAAAAACCAAAGUGGAUACAUAGAGGUUGAAGAGUUGAGGGAAGCCUUAGCUGAUGAAGAUGAAGCCAAUAAUGAAGAAGUCAUUUCCGCCAUCAUUCAUGAUGUUGACACUGAUAAGGAUGGAAAGAUUAGUUUUGAGGAAUUCACGGCGAUGAUGAAGGCGGGAACAGAUUGGAGAAAAGCAUCGCGACAGUACUCGAGAGAGAGAUACAAUAAUUUGAGUUUGAAAUUGUUCCAAGAUGCAUCACUGGAUUUAGGCAAUGAGGAAAGAUGACUAGAAAAUUAAUGAUGAUUUUGUUCAAAAGAAUCAAAGUUGUUGAAAUACAUUUAUUGAGAUUUUUUUUUUCUUUUUGUUUUGAGAAAGAUGUGGUUGUAAAUAUGGAUGUGUUUACUUACACAUAUCCCUUGAGGGCCAUCAUCCCUUCUUUUUCAUCUUUUUUUCUUAUAGCGAAUUGGAAUAUUGGAUCUUGUAAAGCAUUCUAUUCUAACUAAUAACAAGUCUUUAUUAUUAUUUUUCUAA